AAGUGCAUGUGGGCGGGACUCUGCUUAACACGGGUGGAGUAUGCCGUAAUAGAAGUGUAAAAAAAAAAGAAAUCUGAACGGAGCCUCCUUCAACUUUUUUUCUGACAGCAACUUCGAGGAAGUAGCCGAGGAGGCGUAGGCAGGCCCUAUACAGCUGUGUGUGUAUGCGUGUGUGUAUGGGUGUGUGAAUGUGUGUUUGCAUCUAUCUGUGUGUGAACUUGCUGGAGAGGAACGCCUGUCUUCAAGCCUUGCGCACGCUGUAAUCGUCUUCCGGCAGACGGUUGUGGCCUGAACAGGAAGACGUGAAAGAUCCUCAUACGAUUCUGGGGAAGAAGAAGGUGACGGAGCGUGCAUCAGGGAGGAAGUUGCUGUAGUUUUAGGCUUGUAAACUCAACAUGACGGAGUUCUGGGUUUGCUUCAGCUGUUGCGUCGCCGAACAACCUCAGCCGAAGCGGAGGCGGAGGAUAGAUCGGACGAUGAUUGGGGAACCUACCAACUUCGUUCACAUGACACACGUGGGCUCAGGGGACAUGGGCAUGGGUUUAUCGGCGGUGAACUCAGUCCAGGCUCAGAUGAAAUCGAAAGGUGGCUAUGGAAACGGCACACCUGAGAACGUCCAGUGACCAGGGUGUGUGACUUGAGAGAGAGAGAGAGAGAGUGAGUGUGUGCGCACGUUUGUGUGUGAGUGUGUGUUUGUGUUUGUGUAUGAAUGAGACCUGCUGGACUCACAAAUAAGGAAAAAAAAAGCCCAAACCACCACACUGGAUGAUCCAAAGAGUCGGACCACUGUUUUUGAGAGUCUAUUUUUAUAACAGAAGCACUGUCAUUCGCUUACAGCUCUCUGAUCGUAUUGUACAAAUAGCCAAGGAACAUAAAAUGAUAAUGAUUGAUCCUAAUACUUGUGUGAGCAAUGAAUUAUGAUCUGGUUUCCAUUUUCGUAAUGGACGCUUUUUUUUAUUUCGUGAUUCGUCUCACAAGGAUUUAAAUAUGGUGGCUGGGCCACUUCCCGUUUGGAGGCGUAGUCUCUAGAUUACAAACGAACUUUAAAUGAUAAUGAGAAAUUAAUGCCUAGAAAUCUAGUUUCAUUUGUAAUAACUUGCUUUUUAUUGGUCUUGUAUUUUAUAUCUUUCUUAUAUUUCAUAUUCCCUGGGUUGUGGAAUAUCUUUUUUUUUUUCUUUUCUUUUUUGUUUUAACGAAAUGCUUUUAAACGCACUCUGUUUCAGUAAACUUGACCUGUGCAGACCUCACUGUAAUAUUCCUCCCAACGCUCUUAUUCAGUUCUUUUACUGGGAAGUAUUUUUGUACAGAUACUGUUCAUUUUCUUUCUGAUGCUCAAAUAAAAAUGCCAAAUUGUUGCACAA